AUGAAUAAAGAUAUUCAAAUUGACGGCUAUAAAUUGGCUUCUCGGUUAGAUCGUGUUAGAGAUACUUGGGGAGGAGUUGCUAUGUUAGUAAAAGAACAUAUACCAUUUGACGAGCGAAUAGAUCUCAGAAAUGAUAAUCUUGAGGCAAUAUGGAUUGAAAUAACCUAUCCUAACUCGUCUCCAAUACUUGUAGCUACAAUUUUUAGACCACCUAAAUCACCUGUGUUGUGGUAUGAACAUUUUAUCGACAUGUGUGAGAAUGCAUAUUGCGAAGAAAAAGAAGUUAUCAUUAUGAGUGACAUUAAUAUUGAUUUCCUUAAACCUAAUUCAAUUCCUAAACAAUGGGUAGAUAUUAUCGAAUCGUACAACCUCACUCAACUCAUAAAGGUUCCAACUAGAGUUACUAAUUCGUCAAAGACAUGCAUCGAUCAUAUCUAUUUUACUAACCCAGAGCAUGUACGGGCAACUAAAGUGGCAACAAUAAGUAUUUCCGACCAUUUUCCGGUUUGUUACUCUCGAUCGCGUAACUCAGUGACAAGAAUACAUAAACAUUCAUCAAUCAAAUAUAGAUCAUAUAAGAAUUUUAAUCAAUCAGCUUUUCUGGAAGACCUAACCUUGGUGCCAUGGAACGUAUUCGAAUCUUUUGAUGACCCAAACGAUGCCUUGGACUGCUGGGAGAAACUUUUCCUGGAAGUAGUAGAAAAACAUCCACCUCUGAAGAAAAGACGUGUUAAGAAACCUAAACAACCAGAAUGGCUUACAGAAGAAAUGCUUAAAGCUAUGAAUACUAGGGACAAAUUUGCCCAACUAAACGAUGAUCGAAAUAGAAAAUUAUGGAGAAAUAAAGCAAACAAUCUUGUGAGAAAUGGCAAAACUACGUAUUACAGACAACUUAUUGAAAAUAAUAUUGGCAAUAGUAAGAAGCUAUGGAAUCUCAUUAGAGACCUAGCCCCUGAGGAAUCGAAAACUACUCCAACAACAUUGAAGGAUGGUGGUGUAACACUUUUCAACCAACAAGAUAUAUGUGAUAGUUUUAAUGAAUUCUUCGCACAAAUCGGAAAUGCGAUUGCUGCUUGUCUUCCCAAUUCCCGAAACGAUACAAGCGAUGUGCUUGCAGACUUCAUAAAUAAACACAUUGAAGUAAAUUCAACAUUUAAUAUUCCAAAGGUGUCUAUCGAUUUCGUGAGAGAAGAACUUAAUUAA